GCGGCCCGAGGUCGUCCCAUUAGAAUUUCUGUCCUCAUCAUUUCUCUUUCUAAUUCUUUGCUACGGUCGCCCAAAGACGAAGACUUUGGAUUAGGGUCCAGACGCGGGAGGCGCGGGGAGCAAGCGCUGACCCGGAAGGAACCCCCGGAAGUGGACGCUGGCUGGGCCGCGGCGCGCGGCGGGAGCGGGCGUCCGCGAGGAGCGCUGGCGUCCCUGCUUCUACUAGAUGCUGAGAUGAACUGUCACCUGAGUGUUUGGCUUUUUAGAAAUCCAUCCCUUAGUGCUUAUCCCCAGAGGCACAUCUACCUUCAUUGUCAGCCAUUUAGACAGAUAAAGCUUGAUAUGGGGCUAAGAGUUUUAAAACAAAGUAGGAAUCAUAUUCUCCAUCAGCUGUUAAAUAAGAAUUGGUCCAGAAGAUGUCAUCAAGACACCAGGACGCUUUGGAAGCACAGAGCUCUACAGAAAUACAUGGAGGAUUUAAGAAAGGAGUACAAGGCACUUGAUCAGUGCUUACAAAAGAUCACUGUGAAUGAAGGAGAACGAGGAUCCUUAAACAGGAGACAUGCUGAGUUGGCACCACUAACAGCUAUUUACCAGGAAAUUCAGGAGGCUGAACAGGCAAUUGAAGAAUUAAAGUCAAUGUGUAAAAGUGUAAAUACACAAGAGGAAAAGCAGUUUCAAGAACUUGCAUUGGAAGAAAGGCAAAUCAUUGGUCAAAAACUCAACACACUGUACAAUGAGCUUUUUCAGAGUCUUGUGCCAAAGGAGAAGUAUGACAAAAGUGAUGUGAUUUUAGAGGUGACAUCUGGAAGAACUACUGGAGGUGAUAUCUGCCAGCAAUUUACACGAGAAAUAUUUGACAUGUACCAAAAUUAUUCAUGCUAUAAACAUUGGAAAUUCGAACUGUUGAAUUACACCCCAGCAGAUUAUGGUGGGCUACAUCAUGCAGCAGCCCGAAUUUCUGGUGACAGUGUCUACAGGCACUUGAAGUACGAAGGUGGUAUUCAUCGAGUUCAGCGAAUCCCUGAAGUGGGCCUGUCAUCAAGGAUGCAGCGAAUUCACACAGGAACCAUGUCAGUCAUCGUCCUUCCUCAACCAGAUGAGGUCGAUGUGAAAGUGGACCCCAGGGAUUUGAGAAUAGACACAUUUCGAGCCAAAGGAGCAGGAGGACAGCACGUAAAUACAACAGACAGUGCCGUCAGGCUUGUCCAUGUCCCCACAGGGCUGGUUGUAGAGUGCCAACAAGAACGGUCACAGCUAAAAAACAAAGAAAUAGCAUUGCGGAUGUUAAGAGCUCGACUCUACCAACAGAUUAUUGAGAAAGACAAGUGUCAACAACAGAGUGCUAGAAAACUACAGGUGGGAACAAGAGCCCAGUCGGAGAGAAUUCGGACAUAUAAUUUUACCCAGGAUAGAGUUACUGAUCAUAGGAUAGCAUAUGAAGUUCGUGAUAUUAAGGUGCUUCAAUCCAGCAACAGCAAGGUAACGAAAACAGGCCCAUCCUUUCUUGAGGAGUUAUUGGCAGUUAAGGAGUGUUGGAGGAGGGAGAGAUAUCUUCUUGAGUUGUGUGGGUACUGGUAAAUUGCAUGUGCUCUGGAGAAUAAUCCCCUACUCAUGCACAUGCAGACAACUCUAAUUAAACUCAGUGGACCACACAAAUACACAAGAAAAAAAGGCUUCAAAGUGGAAAGGAGAAUACUUGAGAAGAAGGGGUUUAGUGGAAGUUGGAGAAGGGGCAAGAGGCAAUAACAGGAGGGGAUUAUAAUCAAAAUACAUUAUAUACAUGCACAAAAACUGUCAAUUGAAAGAAAGAAAAUUUAAUAAUAGUCUUUUUGUAGAUAUGUUUCCAUUUUCUAGGGCCCUAGUGAAAUUACCAGAUAUUUAAAAGAAACUCAACAAGUUUCCUAAUGUCAACAUACCAAUUUACAUUCAUACUAUUUAUU